AUGGCCGACGAAGAAGUGGAACCCUAUGCGAUUCCCUCGGAUGAGCAGCUGUGCAGCUACUAUCUGGUGAUUUCAAAAAUCAUCGCAAUCCUGGAUUCCUGUGUACCAAAACAUCUUGCUGGAAGUGGUGGUUGUCUGCUGGAUGUGCUGCACGACCCGGAAACACGUACCAUCUACAUCUGUUACGGGGACGGGGUCUCGAAGCAAGAAGAAUCUCCUCUAGAAGAUCCAGAAGACAAAGAGGAACAGUGGCUACACGACGAGGAUGAUGUUGAUGAUGAGGAAGAGCUGUGUGAAGAGGUUGAUCAAAGGGUGGCCGAAGAAGUAAUGGAAGAAAUUCUAGAUGGAAAGCUGGGAACGUUGCCUGUUGAGGAUGAUGAUCUGCUAAACCUUGAAUCUCCGGAGGCCACUGGCGAUGCUGUUGAAUCAAUCAUAACGGAAGUGGUUUCGCCCGACGAUGAUGAGUCGGAAGAAGCGAUGAUAACUGAGGAGAUAAUAGAGGAAUCACCCGAAAGCACAUUGAUUGCCAACCCACCAAAGUACAAAUGCCAAUAUGUUGGUUGUCCAAAAACAUUCCAGUUUGCGAAACAGUAUGCCCGCCACCAGGAAAAGGUUCAUCCGUGGUUGAUUGAGUCUAAAAUUGAUCUGCAAUGUAAGUACUUUAGCUGCGAGGUACGAUCGGACGACAUACAGCAGCUUCACAUUCACCACACGCAUCAUCGGACGAAGGAAAAGUCUCCAAAACCUCACAAAUCAAUCGAUAGAACACCUAAGCCCAUCCGUGGACGAUGUUGCGAAUAUUGCGACACCAUCCUGGAGCCGAAUGUGCACAACUACUCGCAGCACUGCCUGACGGAGCAUGACCGCACACCGUAUACUUGCCCGCUUUGCGACGGUGCUCUCUUCCCUCUGCAAUCGCAUCUUGCCAAGCACUUGCGAAUGCUACAUUCCCCGGAACAGUUGGAACACUUGCUGAGCGAACAGCUGUGGCGCAAGUUUACGAUCGAUGAUCAGCAGCUGGCCGAGUGUCGCUUCUGCUAUCGAGUGAUUUCUGAUCGUACCUGCACCCUCCACGCCAUGCGCCAUCGAAAGGAGUUGCAGCAAACGUGUGAUCACUGUGGCGAGGCUCACCCCCCGGCAUACUGCACGCUACAGAAACCGGUGCAUGGUUCGAGCUGGGCGAAAAAGCGCUGCCCGGAAUGCCAUCGAUCGGUGUCUACCAAGAGCUUCAAAGAGCAUCUGGCCACCCAUACACCGGAGCGUAACUUCCCGUGUACGGUGUGCAAGAAAACGUUCAAAGUGCGCCGCAAUGCAACUCGCCACAUCCAGAAUCACAUUAAUGCGAACAACCGGAAGCGACGCUGCUACGAUUGUGGCCAUGUGUGCGAGAAUGAUACGAUCCUUGUGGAGCAUUAUCGAGCGGAACAUCCGGAGCUUUGGCCGUACCGAUGUCCGAUCUGUGACGCUGGCUUUCACGAGAAGCAGCUGCUGGCCGAACAUUGCCAUGCGCAUACGGAUGCGGAGCGGCAAAUGGUCGCGGUCAAGAAUCCGGUCGUUAGCUACACGGUUGAGGAUGCGCGAGUGUACGAAUGUACGCUCUGUCGGAGGGUAUUUACUACAAAACGGGCCACGGUGGCGCACACGAUCGUGCACACGGAUCGCCCUCUCAUGUGCGGUCUGUGUAGUGCAUCGUUUCGGACGCCGAAUGAGCUUACGGAUCACAGAAAGGAUAUGCACCAAUGUUACAGUGAUAGGGAGCGGUAG